AUGACUCGUGUGGUUAGUGGCAGAGCGCUUUCCCAGGUGGGACUUGCUGGGACCAGGUCUUUGGCGACAGUUGUGGAACCAAAAGUGAGAGUAAGUGACCAGAUCCUGAACUGGUCUCGUGAAGCCAUUGAGAGAGGUGAUGCACAUUUCAAAGUCGGUGGGACUAAACUAUAUUUUCCCAAGGCAAGAGUUAUUCUAUUGAGACCCAAUGCUAAGCACACUCCCUAUCAGGCUAAAUUUAUCGUGCCUAAGUCCUUCAACAAACUGGAUUUAAGAGACUACUUAUUCCACAUCUAUGGUUUAAGAGCAAUGAACGUCACUACACAACUGUUACAUGGUAAAUACACCCGAGCAAACAUCGCUUCUCCACGUUAUAGAAGUCCCCAGGUUAAGAAGAUGACUAUCGAUAUGGCUGAACCGUUUAUCUGGCCCGAAGAACCAAAACCAGAAGAAAACGGACUGUGGGAUAGCACUUUCAACAAAAACAGAAAUUUGUACCGUGAAGACGUAUACCGCCCAGGCUCCGACCAAUUCAAACCCUCGAAGGCAUUUGACGGUGCCGUUGGUCCAUUCAAACCAGUCGCACAACCUUUUAUUCCAAAAUUCCUGGGCAGAGAACUAAGAAAUAGAAAGCAAAAAUACCACGAUAAACAAGCAAGAAUGAAUCAACUCAUCAAGCUAGACAAGCAUGGCGCUUCGCCUUAG